GGAGGGGAGGGAAGCGAGAAGACAGAUGCUUUUAUCUCGUUCCCCUCUGAGAGGAAAGAAAAGAGAAAUCAAAAGGGAACUACAUUCUGUACAUUAAAAAAAACAGCUUUCAUGUGGGACAAAUAUCUGAGGAAAUUUUCCUGAGGUGGACUUUUUUCCCCCUGUGUAUUUCUUUUAUCUUCUUUUCGAAGUGCGUGUUAAAUCUUCGUCGACGAUGCAGGGAUCGUGAUGAUGAGUUCGUCCGGCUGCUGGGUGGCGAACGGGGCGAGUUUGGAGGAUUGUUAUUCCAAUCUCUUCUCUCUGGCUGACCUGCCUGGAAUUAAAUGGCGACGUUAUUCAUGGAAGGGUCCAGUGGGGACAUCGCUCGUCAUCCCGGUGGCUGAAGAUGAUGCCAUUCUCUGCAGCUUCAGCCGCUGCUUGAAAGCUAAUGUACUUUGUGUGUGGCGCAGGGAUGUGAUACCAGGCCACCAGGAGCUUUGGAUUUUCUGGUGGGGUGAAGUGCCAAAUUUUGCUGAUCUUAUCCACCAUGAGCUCAAAGUGGAAGAAGAGGGAUUAUGGGAGCAAGGACUGUCCUAUGAGUGCCGUACGCUGCUUUUUAAGGCUAUUCACAACUUAUUGGAAAGGUGCUUGUUGAACAGGAACUUUGUGCGAAUUGGAAAGUGGUUUGUGAAACCAUAUGAAAAAGACGAGAAACCGGUGAACAAAAGUGAGCACUUGUCCUGUUCCUUUACUUUUUUCUUGCAUGGGGAUAGUAAAGUCUGUACCAGUGUUGAGAUAAACCAGCAUCAACCAGUAUACCAUCUCAGUGAACAACAUGUCACUGCAGCCCAGGGAUCCUCCAACCCCUUCCAAGUGAUCCUCAGCCCCUUUGGAUUAAGUGGUACCCUGACAGGUCAGUCUUUCAAGCUAUCUGAUCCUCCCACCCUUAAACUGAUAGAAGAAUGGAAGCAAUUUUAUCCAAUACAGACCAGCUCAAAGGAAACUACAGACGACAAACAGGAAGAGGUAGACUGGGAUGAUGACUCAAUAGCAGCUGUAGAAGUCAUUGUUGCUGGUGUGCGAAUGGUGUACCCAGCAUGCUUUGUUCUGGUGCCUCAGCCUGAUGUUGCCACUGGCAUCUUGAGCAGCUCCACUGGGAUGACACAUUGUACAACCGCAUACACAAGUGUCCACCAAGUGCCUCCCCCAAUAAGGGAUCCAGCCAUUUCCUCUGUGACCUUGACUCCACCCACAUCACCAGAAGAAGCUGAAACAGCUGAAAUACAGGCCACCCAGAAGUGGGCGAAGCUUCCUUCAAUGUGUGAGGUACUUAAUAUGGAAAAUUCAGGGCAUGGUGGAAAGAUUCCAAGAAAAUUAGCCAAUCAAGUGGUAGAAAAGGUGUGGCAGGAGUGCAAUCUCAACAAAACCCAGAAAAAACGGAAGUACUCCAGUGUGAAUGGCUGUGAAGAUGAUUCAUCUGGCAAAGAGGCAUCUUGGGAUUUUAUUGAAGCUAUGCAUAGGGUGAAUUGCAACUGUUCAAGGCAUAAGAAUAAAAGAGGCACUGGUGUCCAAGGACUGUCUCAGACUCCUGGUCCACAGCAGCCAACAGCACUCAAGCACAAAAUGAAUGACAAGCAAGAAAAAGGGGAAAAGCAACAGAAGCGACCACUAACUCCUUUUCAUCACCGUAAUUCACUAUGUGAUGACGUUGCAAUGGAACCAGAUUCAAGUAAUCACAGACUUGGAAUUAGGCAACAGGACAACAGAAGACGUUAUCCAAAUACAAGGCCUAAUGACCUGGUAAGCUCCACAAAGUCCUCACAGUUACACAUCCCAGAGCUACCAAACUCGCCGCCACCACCACCCCUCAGCCCUCAUCCAUGUGAGAGAGAUGAGGAUGUGGGCGAUGCAUUUAAAAAUGCAUUGACACCUCAAAGUCAGCCAUUCUGCCAGAUGCCUGCACCAGAUCCACUACUUCCAGGCAAAGCUGUUGAGGACAGGAUUGAGACGCUUCCCACCCAGGCUUUCACCUUGGGUUUUUCAGAAGUGAUGGAGCCUACAAGCUACAGUAGCAGUGUGUUGCAAUUUGAAGAUGAUGGGCCUGAUGUUACAUGGAAAUGUUAUCGGCUACCCACUUGCAUGGAAUCUGAUUUUGUGCCACCACAGCUGCCAUUGGAUAAAUACAGAGAAGAGUAUGCUGCAGUGAGCAACCAAGAACAUGCACUUUCUUCUGUCUCAGAUUUGGUGGUACACUCAAAUAAGCCAUUGAAGAUCUCUGAAGAGCGGGUACAGGGAUACAUCCAGAGUAGAAACCAGUACUACAAAAGCAUUCGCACAGAGACAGACUCCAAGUCAGAAAUUGAUCCAUAUGCAUUUGAUGAUGGCGAUGAAGAAUUUAGCCUGCCUGAUAAGAAGGACAAGCAAGGCAACGACAGAGAUCCUGGAAAGAAACAUUCACAAAAGGGGGACAAUGACAGUAUUGGUGUAUCACAUUCAACGUUGCCAGCGGAAGGAGAGGAUGCCAUGUCGAUAUUUAAUUCUGGAGCAAAACUAGAUGGACAAAGAUCACCUACACACAGUCGGACUGCAUCCACAAGUCUCAUGAAUGAGGUUGAUCUGGUGGUCUCGUAUAAAGAUCUUGACAAUCUGUUUGAUGAUGAUGAUGAACUUGGGCAGCCUGGUUCUCGAAGUGCACACGUUGGAUCAGAUGAGAAAAUUGGCAACAGGGAUUCGAAGGCUGGACCUUUUGACACAUUCCCUUGUAUAAGUUCUGCAGACCUGCAGCAGAUGUUUCCCACGCCUCCAUCCUUGGAGCAGCAUGGCCCAGGCUACUCUCCAAUGAAUAUUAAUUGCAAAGAGUUUGGAAGCUUGGAUAACACCCCAGGAAUGACUCUGGAUGGCCACCAUUUUACUGCAACAAGCCUAAAUCAUUUCAAGAUUGAAGUGGAAGAGGGAAUGGGUAGUCCUAAACCUUCAGAGAUUAAGGACUUUUCUUAUGUUUAUAAUCCUGAGAAGUGCCAAGGUUAUGUGGGGUGUACUAUGUUUGCACCAUUGAAAAUCUUACCAAGCCAGUGUCUGCCCCCUGUAAAACUCCCAGAGGAAUAUCGCCCUUCAUGGACUGUGGGCAAGUUGGACCUGCUUCCUCCUGUACCUCCCAUGCCAUAUAUCCGUGACAUAAAUAUUCCAAGUGUUGGAAGUGGUAUGGAUCAGGAUUACAUACAGACCUGCACACCACAAACGCAUACCCCAUUUGGAGUGACGAACAGUGCUCCUCCAAGUAAUGGUCCUGGUGUUCUUCCAUCACCUGCCACUCCACGCAUCUCUGCACCAACUCCAAGGACACCAAGGACCCCACGCACCCCUCGUGGAUGUGGGGGUCCAGCCAGUGUUCAGGGCUCUGUAAAGUAUGAGAACUCUGAUUUAUAUUCACCUGCUUCUACACCUUCAACUUGUCGUCCACUGAAUUCAGUAGAACCUGCAACGGUGCAAUCCAUUCCUGAAGCGCACAGUCUUUAUGUGAACCUAAUCCUAUCUGAUUCCAUCAUGAAUCUCUUUAAAGAUUGCAAUUUUGACAGCUGCUGCAUCUGUGUCUGUAACAUGAACAUCAAAGGAGCUGAUGUUGGAUUGUACAUCCCGGACCCUACCAAAGAGUCACAAAACCCAUGCACAUGUGGAUUCAGUGCUGUCAUGAACCGAAGGUUUGGAAACAACUCUGGGCUCUUUUUGGAAGAUGAGUUGGAUAUUAUUGGGCGAAACACAGACUGUAGCAGUGAGGCUGAAAAGCGAUUAGAGGAUCUCCGGAAUAUUUCUGUUGAACAGGGGGAAGGAGGCACCAAGGAGCCCGAAAAAGUGCCUGACGAGUUAAUAUUGCUACUUCAGGACCAGUGCACUAACCCCUUCUCCUCAUUGAGAUCAGUGGAUCCUUCAGUAGUGGCAAAAUUACAAACAGUGGGACCGCCAGUGCGUGUGGAGGAUAGAGACUAUUACAGGGAAUGUUACACUGCUUUGGAGCAGGGAUAUCAGUUUAUGGACAAUAUGUCAGGUGGGAAGCUUGAUGAAACACUUGUGAAGAACUCUUGUUUACAUCUCUGGUCAAGAAGAAAUGCUGUGGAUGUCAGCAUGCUGUGUUCGCAAGAUCUUCUACGUCUUCUUCUUUCCCUUCAGCCUGUUUUGCAAGAUGCCAUCCAGAAAAAACGAGCUGUUAGGUCAUGGGAGAGUAUCCAGCACGUGCAGGGUCCUCUCACUUGGCAACAAUUCCACAAAUUGGCUGGUCGGGGAUCUUAUGGUACGGAUGAGUCUCCAGAGCCACUACCGAUCCCAACAUUUAUGUUGGGUUAUGAAUGUGAUUUUGUGGUGUUAUCUCCAUUUGCAUUGCCAUACUGGGAGAAGCUUCUUCUGGAGCCAUAUGGAUCGCAGAGAGAUAUCGGCUAUGUUGUGGUGUGUCCAGAAAAUGAAGCACUUUUAAAUGGAGCAAGAAGUUUCUUUCGUGAUCUCAGUGCGGUCUAUGAGUCCUGCAGACUUGGGCAGCACAGGCCCAUCUCAAAAUUGCUUCCUGAUGGGAUCAUGAAAGUUGGGACCAAAGCAGCCUUGAAUAUUGCAGAGCAGCCUGUAAAUGACUGGUUCUCUCAGCACUGUGUGAAUGCUAGCAAUGAAGCAUUUUCCAAACUGAAACUUUAUGCUCAAGUGUGCAGACACGAUCUGGGUCCAUAUCUUGCUGGUCAAACAUUGGACAGUUCAUUAUUCUCGCAGCCUAACCCCAUUUCCUCUUGCAAUCGAUCCAGUACAUUACAAACUCCUGUACAAGUUCCUGCUGGAGGUUCAUCUGCAUCUUCCACCAGUGCUCCUGUACCAUCUGGUACUUUAGCAAACACUGCCAUAACUGGCACUGUAGCUAGUAGUACCACUUCGAAUGUGGCUUCAAUACCUGUGAACCUGACCAGCGUAUCUGCUGCAGUAAAACCGUCUUCCUCUUUUCCUCCAUUUGCACAUUUGAAUAAUUCCUCCAAUGCUGUGGCUGCACAAAGUUCAGCCUCCCAGCAGAGUAAUGGUAUCUCUGGUGAUUCAACUGUUGGUGGAAUGGGACAACAACACCAGGAACCUCCAGAGAGCACCAUGGAAAGGGAUAAAAUUGGGGUCCCAACGGAGGGGGAGUCUCAUGCCAUCAUUUACCCACCAUCCAUCGUUGUGUACAUUGUGGAUCCUUUUACUUACAAUGCAGAGGACGAAAGAUCAUCAUCUUCAAAUGUUUGGACACUUGGGCUAUUACGCUGCUACCUAGAGAUGAUUCAUUUCUUACCAAAACACAUCAAGAAUGCAAUAUCUGUGCAAAUUGUCCCAUGUCAGUAUCUGUUACAGCCUGUGAAAAAUGAUGAUCGGCACCUGUACUCCCAGCACCUUAAAUCUUUGGCGUUUUCUGUGUUCACUCAAUGCCGGAGAUCAUUACCAUCCUCCACCUAUGUCAAAGCACUGACUGGCUUUGGCCCAGGCUUGGCCUUAGACAGCACCUUAAAAAGUCCAGAUAGACCAGAGCAUUUGCGGAUUUAUAGCCCGCCGUUUAUCUUGGCUCCAGUGAAGGAUAAGCAGACUGAGCUAGGAGAAACAUUUGGCGAGGCGAGCCAGAAAUAUAAUGUUCUUUUUGUUGGCUAUUGCUUGUCACAUGAUCAGAGGUGGUUGCUUGGAACAUGUACGGAUCUCUAUGGAGAGUUGCUGGAGACCUGUGUCAUUAAUAUAGAUGUACCAAACAGGGCUCGCAGGCGGAAAGGUUCACCCCGGAGAAUGGGAUUGCAAAAACUCUGGGAUUGGUGUUUGGGCAUCAUGCAGAUGACAUCACUACCCUGGAGGGUUGUUAUUGGGCGGCUUGGGAGGAUAGGACAUGGAGAAUUAAAAGACUGGAGUUGUUUGCUUGGUCGUCGCACUUUGCAGUCCCUUAGCCGGCACCUGAAGGAUACUUGCAGAAUGUGUGGUAUUUCUGCAGCUGAUUCUCCAAGCAUCCUUAGUGCUUGUUUGGUUGCUAUGGAACCACAGGGAUCAUUUGUGAUAAUGCCUGAUUCUGUGUCUGUUGGGUCAGUGUUUGGUCGUGGCACAUCACUCAACAUGCAGACGUCGCAACUGAGCACGCCACAGGAUACAUCAUGCACUCACAUCCUAGUGUUUCCUACCUCCGCAAUGGUGCAAGUGCCAACUGGGAGCUAUGAAAUAAACGUUGAGGAAAUGGGAAUCUUUGAAUUACUGGAUCCAGAUGAUGAUCUCAUAAUUAACUUGCCAGCAUCUCCAUCCACAUCCCCGGUACAUUCACCAGGGUCCCAUUAUCCACACGGUGGUGACACGGGCAAGGGUCAGUGCACAGACCGACAGGAAUCUCAUGAUGAAGUCACCAUUUUACAGCAGCCCCUGGCACUGGGAUACUUUGUCUCGACAGCUAAGGCUGGGCCACUUCCUGAUUGGUUUUGGUCAGCCUGCCCUCAAGCACAGAACCAAUGUCCGCUUUUUCUCAAGGCCUCGUUGCACCUCCACGUGCCUUCAGUGCAUUCGGAUGAGUUGCUUCAUAGUAAGCACUCCCACCCACUUGAUUCAAACCAAACCUCUGAUGUGCUCAGGUUUGUUCUAGAACAAUACAAUGCUCUUUCUUGGCUGACCUGUGACCCUGCCACCCAGGACCGCCGCUCCUGCCUCCCUGUUCAUUUUGUGGUGCUGACGCAACUGUACAACUUCAUCACAAGCAUGUUGUAAACCUAGCAAAAGAGCUGCGAGGAUUUCAGGAAUUACUCUUCGAAAAGGGAUAUCGUUUGAGAGGGUCAUCAAGAGCAGGAGUUGGUAGGAAGGGAAGCAUACAUUACUCAUGGAGAACUUGGAGGGAUUCUUGGAAUUGGGUCUGAAUGACCCCAGGAUGCCCCCCCCCCCCCCAUUAAUUGCCUGGUGGGUUUUAAAGCCACAGGCAGUUAUCCAAAAAUGCCUGCAUCUUAAUUUAUUGUAAGUUUUUAAAUGUUGUAUAAAUUGUCUUAUAUUUUGUAUUUUUUUUAAUUUUUCAAGAAGGUCUAUACUGCCUUCAGGCUUUAAAGCAUUUGUUGUACUAAAAUAUCUAUAAUCGUCUUAAAAGUUUGCUGUAGGUUGCUAUAAAGUCAGGGGAGGGAGAGCAGCAAAUAUCUAUUGGUUUAGUGUACAUUUUAGUAGGGGUGGGUUUAGUAUUAACCAUACCUUGUGUGUGGUAAAAACGCAGCGAAGCUGUGGAUGCAGAGUACUUGUACAGUAAAUAUGUUCACUGUGUUUAUAUAACUGAAAAAUACAUCUUAUGGCAUUUCUUAUCAUGCAUUGUGAAGCCAGCGCUAAA